AUGCGGCUGCUCGACUCCUCCUCCGGCGCUGUGCAACUACCCGCAAAGAAGCAUGCGGAUACGUCGUGCAUCGUGCAGUUUCAUGUCUACGCGCCGGUGGACGCAUCGGGGCGACGCUCUAUGGCUACGCUUACCUUUGUAGACGUCGCCGCAUUUCGUCCACCGCACUGCGGUGAAGUUCGCCAUCUUGUUGAGACUGUGCGCCGUGUGGCGGGUCUUUCGAGUGGCGGCGAUCCCUGUUUCCAGCAGACAAAGCUCACAACACUGCUUGAGCCCGCUCUCAUGGGGUAUGUGACUCUUAUGUCUAUUACCACUAUCAGCGGGCGGCCGGACUUGCAUGAGGCCGCGUGUGAUGCAUUGCGCUUCGCCGAGACUCUUAGCCGCAUCCACCAGGUGCUGAUGCUUGUGCACAUCAACACCCCCAAGUGGUUGAUGGACACUGCAGAGAAGCUGGAAGAUCUGCGGAUGCAGCGGGAGCGAAUUCUUUCGGAGCAACACGCACGUGGUGUGUACGACUUCUACCGCACAGCAAACAAGUGGCUGGUGGAGCAUGUCAGUGACGUUGACGGCACAUUCAACAAACUCCUCGAAGAGACGGAGAGCAUCCGGCAGGAAAUGGCGCACGAGGUGGAGGGGCAGACGAAAAGCCUCCAGGCAAGCAUAGAGGAAGAGCAGAAGCAGUGUGCGGCGCAGUUAGAGCGUACACGCGCCGCACACGCCGUGACGACGUCGCAGUUAGAGGCUGUGAAGCGACUAGAUGAAAACAUUGCCGCACUCGAUCAGCAGCUUGCACAAGGGGACUUCUACAGUGACCACAGAAUAAGCGAGAUGCGCAUUGAAAUAUCCACCCUCGAGAGCGAGACUAGCAUGCGCCGACAGGAGCUCACACAGCUGGAGAAGGAGGAGAGACUGUACGGCAGUAAGUACGCCGAGGUGGUGGAUGUGCUCGACAAGUACGCAGAGGACCUCGCCGACGCGCAGGUGCACCUUGCACACGCCGCCGAGAUGCAUGCCAUCACGCGAAGGAAGAGACAACUCGAGGCGGACCUCGCGCUCGCCUCGCGUGCGGCGCGCAAGACCACUGACACCCUCCGCGUUGACCGCGAGCGCCGCUCAAAGUUGUCGCGGCUGACAAUGAUACAGCAGAAAGUGGACGCGCUGCGAGAGCGCGUGAACCCUAACAGCAACAACAACAGCUGCAGUAGACAGAAUGCAGGAUGUAGCCAGUUGGAGUGCUCUGAGGGGUCCGUGCCGGCUUCAUCGGCGCGCGUGCGACCGCGGUACGUCAGCCCACGUUACUCAGCGAUGUAA